ACUGGGCAUGCGGCGCGGGCACGUCCACUCUGGAGGGUGGGCAGGAGCCGCGGGAGCGCUGUGUGGCUCGCAGGCUCGAGCGGUUUCUCCCCUGUCGUUGGUAGCGCCCCGUGCGGGAGGCGGUGGUGAGCGGAGCAGCGGCGCGACGGGCACGGGGCGCCGGUGCCUCUGCGGCCGCGCAGGGCCAUGAGGCAGCUGCCAUACUUCUGCCGCGGGGAGGUGGUGAAGGGCUUCGGCAGGGGCUCGAAGGAGCUGGGCAUCCCAACCGCUAACUUUUCUGAGCAAGUAGUUGAAAGCUUUCCAUCUGAUAUCCCUACUGGUAUAUACUAUGGAUGGGCCUGUGUUGGAAAUGGAGAUGUGCAUAAAAUGGUUUUGAGCAUAGGAUGGAAUCCCUUCUAUAAGAAUAUUAAGAAAUCAGUGGAAACACACAUUAUCCACACCUUCAAAGAAGACUUUUAUGGAGAAAUUCUUAGUAUAGUCAUAACUGGAUACAUUCGACCGGAAAAAAACUUUGAUUCCUUAGAUGCACUCAUUUCAGCAAUUCAGGAAGACAUUGAAGAAGCAAAAAGACAGCUAGAUCUACCAGAACAUCUUAAACUCAAAGAAGAUAACUUUUUUCAUCUGCCAGAAGGCAAAAUAGGAAACAAUCGCUGAGAAAAACCAAACAGCCCUUUUUCUUUUUUUUUUUUUAAUUAUUAAAUGUCUUUUUUAUCUUAUUUUUUCCCCUGUCAUGGAGCUUUUGUAUUUGCACUGCACUCGUAGAUACUUUUGUGUCAUAUGUGUGUUAAGUGACUGAGAUCAGAACCAACCAUACAAGACGACUUCAGUUUUCUUUGGUUAAGUCAUCACUAGCGCAGUCAUACAAAAGAGCUAGGAGGCUGUACAACCUGGUUAUAGAUAAACAAUGUACAAGGUAUCCUGAUGUUACCAGGUCUUUGGAGAUCUGAGCACAUUUAGAACAUGACCACAGGUCUUUGGAGAUCUGAGCACAUUUAGAACUUGACCGAAGUUAAUUGUAAUCGUGAGAUGUGGUUAGCUCAUUUAAUGAGGAAUGUCUGUUCUUAACAUAAUCUUCUUAACCCAUUUUCUAUGUCAUUCUUAGAUCUGAGUUUUAGCUUAGAAAAUGUUGGUGUUGAUUGACUCAGAAAAUUCCUGUGGUUAGAUUUGAUUAGAUAGCAAUAGCAAGAUUAAUUCCCUAUAGUUCUUGCUUUUUUAGACGCUACACAGCUGUUAUGGUUGAAGCUGUUACUUUAAUUGAAAUUAUUUAUUUUAAGUUUAUUUGAAAUGGAAGAAAUUGCUGUUGCUCAUUGUGUUGCUAGAAUCUGAACUAUAUUUCUUCACACUUGACUGAACAUAUGAUAACUACAUGAUUGUGUAGUUUAAUUCUGAAGAGGUGUUUCACUUAAUUUCAAAAAAAUGAGUAAAAGUGUGAAAGCUGAUAAACUUUAAGGUUCAGGCAGAAAAGAUGCAGAAACAAUAUAACAAGACUUCUGCUUAUUGCACCUUAAAGGAAAAUAGGUAGUGAGACACAGAUUUGCAUUUUAUGUGCUGCUGGUAUUUUUGAUAGGAAAAUCUUGAGGUUAUUCAAGUUAUACUGCACUGGCAAUAAAAUGUCUGACUUCAAGGUUGCCUUAUUGUAAGGCACACAAAAAUCUCAUCAACACUCUGCACCAAGUGCAGGUAAGAGCCAAGGUUUUGCCAGAUUAAGUAGAUAAAUACACGAAUGAAAACCUUUGGGGAUUUAUUACAUAAUGUAUCAACACUAUAAAGAAUAUUGGUUAUUUUUUAAAACUAGUUGCAGACAGUCCUACUCUGAAAUAUGGGGAUACAAGUGAGAGUUGGACUAGAUGAUCUCUGAAGGCCCUUUACAACCCUAACUAUUCUGUGAUAGAGUAGUGGAAGGAGUAUGGUGAGAGUUGAUGGUAAUUUGAAAAAUAGUACUUUGAAAAAGUACUUCCUUAAAUAUGUCUCAGCUGUGAUUCUCUGUCUGAGCUAUGAUGUUCAAUAUGGAACGCACAAUUUCUGUAGUGAAGUUUGAUGAAUUUCCUCCUUGUCCUAUUCUAAUCCUACUUUUCACUCUAUAAUUUAAAAGAGUUUUAGCAAGGUAGCUGUUUCGGUCUUUGUGGCAGGUGCUGUCAAGAUGAUAGUUUCACUUCAUACUGCUUUAAAUUCUAGCCAGUAUCAUGGGCUAUUUUGAGGAAAGAGGUCUUGAGGAAAUCAAGGGUUCAUGUUUGCUCUUUAGGACUUCAGGAGAAAACUUGAUUUUCCUUAAAUGAAUUGUUCAUCAGUGGUGUUGAUAGAAGAGGCAGAUACAACACAUUUGGGAAAGAGGGACAUGGGACAAUAUAUUUUCUUUUAAAGGAAAAGAGAAAUAAUUUAGUGGGCUUUUUACUAUAUAAUGUGUUGGAAACUGUAUUUUUAAAAAGUCUGUAAAAGAAUAGUCUUGCAAGAUCGAUGAUUGGAAUUUUAAAAAGGAGAGAUAAAAGGAGAAAUUUUCUUUACUAAGAAUUAAUGCAUUCUUCAGAUUGUAGUAACAUUAAAAUCAUAUCUUUUACUACUCCUCGUAGAGAAUAAACAGAAGCCACUCUAGUCAACAGAAAAUGUUGUCAACAUGAGAUUGUUGUUCAUCAUGGUACUGUAGCUAAACUCUCAUAGCUGCCUUUAAAAUUGAAUUUUGCCAGUGAUGUCUUGGGUCUGUUGUGGAAACUAUGGUGCCUUAGCCUGUUCUGAAUAAGACUUUUCUGUAUCUGCUAAUACAUGCCACUAUCAAAAAUUCAACUCUCCAUUUGAUUGUAGAACUGCUGUGCUAUGCAUAAAGAACAGUAACAAAGGGAAAACUUGAAAGACUUAGCUUGCUCUCAAAUCCUAGCUGAGGUAUGAUAUAUGGAUACACUGAACUAAGAAACUGGUCUUUAUGUGUUUGUCUUCAAAGAGAGUGUAUUAGUACAUCCGUUUGGCUGAGUGUACCUGACCAUAUUAUUUAAGAGAAAAUGUUAUAUAUCACUCUUUAAGCUCAAUACAUAAUUUCUGUCACAGUAUAAAAUUUAUUUUUGUCUUAUGUACAAGUAGCUGUAUUUUGGUUGAUGUUGUUGCACUGUACUAUUACUAAAGAAAUUGUAAUUGACAAAGUUA